UCGCAGCUCCGAUGAAUCUAGCUGAGGGCCAUUUGUAUCCUGAAAUCGUAUUUGAAACUCCAUUGGCGUUUCAUACUAAAUUGAAGCGUAGAAGAAAGAUGUGCCCUGCCCAUCAGUCGUCAGUCGACGAAAACGGAAGUCUUCAACAGUAUGCAGUGAAUAAGAAAACAAUUUAAUUUUUACAACAUAGGAUGUAGCCGUUUAAGACCAAAAUGGAAGAUAACAAGGAAGAGAUGGAAUAUAAAUGUGAACAUAGUGGUGAACAUGUUGAUUUAAUUACUUUGAGGACUCAUUUGGGAAUUAAGAUGGAGGAGGUAGAAUUUGAACAAUGUGAUUAUAUUCAAGAGCCAUUUGGUCACUCAAGUAAUUUAAGAGAUUUGAUAGAUACAAAGAAAAUAUUCCAUGAAUGUGAAUAUUGCAGAAAAGUAUUUGAAAGUGACAGUAUUUUAAAAUGUCAUUUGAGGAUACAUAGAGAAGAGAGACCAUAUGAGUGUGAAUACUGCGGAACGAAGUUUAAAAACAACAGCAGUUUAAGAAGUCAUUUGAGGACGCAUACAGAAAACAGAACAUACGAGUGUGAACACUGCGGAAAGAAAUUUAUACACAACAGCAGUUUAAAAAGUCAUUUGAGGAUGCAUACAGAAGAGAGACCAUAUGAGUGUGAACACUGUGGAAAGAAAUAUAAAAGCAAUAGCAAUUUAACAAGUCAUUUGGAGAUGCAUACAGGAGGUAAAGCAUAUGAAUGUGAACACUGUGGGAAGAAAUUUAACACCAUCAGCAGUUUAAAAAGCCAUUUAGUGAUACAUACAGAAGAGAGACCAUAUGUAUGUGAAAACUGUGGGAAGACAUUUAAAAGAAAUAACACUUUAAAAAGUCAUUUAAAGAUACAUACAGGAGAGAGACCAAAUGGAUGUGAACACUGUGGAAAGAAAUUUAAGGAUAAUAACAGUUUAAAAAAACAUUUGUUUAUUCAUACAGGAGAGAGACCAUAUGAAUGCGAACACUGUGGAAAGAAAUUUAAAAACAACAGCAGUUUAAGGUGUCAUUUAAGGAUGCAUACAGAAAACAGAACAUAUGAGUGUGAACACUGUGGAAAGAAAUUUAUAAACAACAGCAGUUUAAAAAGUCAUUUGAGGAUGCAUACAGAGGAGAGACCAUAUGAGUGUGAACACUGUGGAAAUAAAUUUAAAAGGAAUAGCAAUUUAUCAAGUCAUUUGGAGAUGCAUACAGGAGGGAAACCAUAUGAAUGUGAACACUGUGGGAAGAAAUUUAACACUAACGGCAGUUUAAAAAGCCAUUUAGUGAUACAUACAGAAGAGAAACCAUAUGAAUGUGAACACUGUGGGAUGAAAUUUAAAAGAAAUUACUCUUUAAGAAGUCAUUUAAGGAUACAUACAGGAGAGACACCAUAUGAAUGUGAACACUGCGGAAAAAAAUUUAAAGAUAAUAACAGUUUAAAA